AGGGCGCACCGAAGGGCAGUGGCCGGGUGACAGCUCUUCGGCGCGCUUGAGGGCAGGCGGGGGGCUGGGCUGUCAGCCCAGCUCUGCUCCAAAACCCAGAAGGAUGAGGUGCUCAGACACUCCGGUGACUCUGCACAGCCCCCGGCGGCCCCUGCUGCGGGAUAUCGGGGCGAGGGAAGGGGGCCCGGGCCAAGGGCCUCGUGGGCUUUGGAGGCAGAGGCGAGGAAGGAAGGGGAGGCGAGGGCAUAACAUGGCGCAACGCUAGGAUAAUCUCCACCGCGACCGAGGGAGGACGAGCCCAUUGCUGCAGCAGCUUGAAGAGGAGGAGGGAGGUGGCCAGGGCUUGGAUAUUUGAUUCAUUCUCCGAAGCCUUUAAACUGUUUAGAGGAAACGCUGCGGCAGCUGAGAGUGGGAUGUGGGGCCCCCGGUGGGCGCAGCGCUCAGGGAAUAACCCCAGUGCACACCGGAGCUAGUCCCGCACCUGAGGAUCAGGUUGCAGGAAAAGUGCUGGUUGAGAGAGGGGCACCAAAGGAAAGACGAGGCUGUAGACACGGCUGGAGAAGAUGUCGGGCCAAACGCUUACAGAUCGAAUCGCCGCCGCUCAGUAUAGUGUGACAGGCUCUGCUGUCGCGAGAGCAGUCUGCAAAGCCACCACUCAUGAAGUGAUGGGCCCCAAGAAAAAGCACCUGGACUACUUGAUCCAGGCUACCAAUGAGACCAAUGUUAAUAUCCCUCAGAUGGCUGACACGCUCUUUGAGCGAGCAACAAAUAGCAGCUGGGUGGUUGUGUUUAAAGCUUUAGUGACCACACAUCAUCUCAUGGUGCAUGGAAAUGAGAGAUUUAUUCAGUAUUUGGCCUCUAGAAAUACAUUAUUCAAUCUCAGCAAUUUUUUGGACAAAAGUGGAUCCCAUGGUUAUGAUAUGUCUACCUUCAUAAGGCGCUAUAGUAGAUAUUUGAAUGAAAAGGCUUUCUCAUACAGACAGAUGGCAUUUGAUUUUGCCAGAGUGAAGAAAGGGGCUGAUGGCGUAAUGAGGACAAUGGCUCCUGAGAAGCUACUAAAGAGUAUGCCAAUACUGCAGGGACAAAUUGAUGCACUUCUUGAAUUUGAUGUGCAUCCAAAUGAACUAACAAAUGGUGUCAUAAAUGCUGCAUUUAUGCUUCUUUUCAAAGAUCUUAUCAAACUUUUCGCUUGCUACAAUGAUGGAGUUAUUAACUUGCUCGAAAAGUUUUUUGAAAUGAAGAAAGGACAAUGUAAAGAUGCUCUAGAAAUUUACAAACGAUUUCUAACUAGAAUGACACGGGUAUCUGAAUUUCUCAAGGUUGCAGAGCAAGUUGGUAUUGAUAAAGGUGACAUUCCUGACCUCACACAGGCUCCCAGCAGUCUUAUGGAGACCCUUGAACAACAUCUAAAUACAUUAGAAGGAAAGAAACCUGGAAACAAAUCUGGUGCUCCCUCUCCAUUAAGUAAGUCUUCGCCAGCCACAACCGUGACGUCUCCUAAUUCUACACCAGCUAAAACUAUUGACACAUCUCCACCAGUUGAUUUAUUCGCAACUGCAUCUGCGGCUGUCCCAGUCAGCGCUUCUAAACCAUCCAGUGAUCUGCUGGACCUCCAGCCAGACUUCUCUACAGGAGCAGCAGCAGCCGCCGCCCCAGCACCGCCACCUGCUGGAGGAGCCACUGCAUGGGGAGACCUUUUGGGAGAGGAUUCUUUGGCUGCACUUUCCUCUGUUCCCUCUGAAGCACAGAUUUCAGACCCGUUCGCACCAGAACCUACCCCUCCCACCACAACUGCUGAAAUUGCAACUGCUUCAGCUUCUGCCUCAACUACCACCACUGUGACGGCUGUCACUGCUGACGUGGAUCUCUUUGGAGAUGCCUUUGCAGCUUCUCCUGGGGAGGCCCCUGCAGCAUCCGAAGGGGCCGCCGCACCAGCUACCCCAACCCCGGUAGCGGCAGCACUUGAUGCAUGCUCAGGAAAUGACCCCUUUGCCCCGUCUGAAGGUAGUGCAGAGGCGGCACCCGAGCUGGACCUCUUUGCAAUGAAGCCACCUGAGACCAGCGUUCCUGUAGUUACCCCUACAGCUAGCACAGCCCCUCCAGUUCCCGCAACCGCCCCUUCUCCUGCUCCCGCCGCUGCAGCUGCCACUGCUGCCACUACUGCUGCCGCAGCCACCGCCGCCGCCGCCACCACCACCACCUCCACCACCUCUGCCGCCGCAGCCUCCACCACCGCUCCUCCUGCUCUAGAUAUCUUUGGUGAUCUGUUUGAGUCUGCUCCUGAAGCUGCUGCAGCGCCUAAGCCAGAUGCUGCUCCUAGCAUAGACCUGUUUGGUACAGAUGCUUUCUCCUCUCCACCACAAGGGGCCUCUCCUGCGCCUGAGAGUACUCUCACUGCUGACCUCUUAUCCGUGGAUGCAUUUGCAGCACCAUCUCCUGCAACCACUGCCUCUCCAGCAAAGGUGGAGUCUUCAGGCGUGAUAGACCUUUUUGGGGAUGCAUUUGGAAGUAGUGCUUCUGAACCCCAACCUGCACCUCAGGCUGCUUCUAGUUCAUCAGCAUCGGCAGAUCUACUAGCUGGAUUUGGGGGUUCUUUCAUGGCCCCUUCUCCAUCACCAGUGACUCCAGCUCAGAAUAAUCUGCUACAGCCCAAUUUUGAGGCAGCUUUCGGAACAACACCUUCAACGUCUGGCAGCAGCUCCUUUGAUCCUUCAGUUUUUGAUGGUCUAGGUGAUCUUCUGAUGCCAACCAUGGCACCAGCCGGGCAGCCUGCACCUGUCUCAAUGAUACCACCCAGUCCUGCAAUGGCAGCCAGCAAAGCCCUUGGGAGUGACCUUGAUUCAUCUCUUGCCAGCUUAGUAGGCAAUCUUGGAAUUUCUGGUACUACAUCAAAAAAGGGAGAUCUUCAGUGGAAUGCUGGAGAGAAAAAGUUGACUGGUGGAGCCAACUGGCAGCCGAAAGUAACUCCAGCCACGUGGUCAGCAGGUGUUCCAUCAAGUGCAUCUUUGCAAGGAGCAGUACCUCCAACCAGUUCAGUUCCUCCUGUGGCCGGGGCCCCAUCUGUUGGACAACCUGGAGCAGGAUUUGGAAUGCCUCCUGCUGGGACAGGCAUGCCCAUGAUGCCUCAGCAGCCAGUCAUGUUUGCACAGCCCAUGAUGAGGCCACCCUUUGGAGCCACAGCUGUACCUGGCACACAGCUUUCUCCAAGCCCUACACCUGCCACUCAGAGUCCCAAGAAACCUCCAGCAAAGGACCCAUUAGCGGAUCUUAACAUCAAGGAUUUCUUGUAAACAAUUUAAGCUGCAAUUUUUGUGACUGAAUAGGAAAAAUAAUGAGUUUGGAGACUUCAAAUAAGAUUGAUGCUCAGAGUUUCAAAGUGAGCCACCAGUACCAAACCCAAUGCUUACUCAUAACUUCUCUUCCAAAAUGUGUAGCACAGCUGUGAAAGUGAACGUUAGGAAUGUGUACUACUUUAGCUGUUAUCCCUACUCUCAAAAUUGUAGUGUAUUUGGGUUAUUUGUGUGUUGUAUGAUGUAAACAAUGAAUGGAUGUUUCCGAUGCCUAUAGUGCUUUUCUGGACCUUGCCCAUGGACGGAUGAUGCAGCUGUUGUAUGGUGAGCCAUUUGGAAAGAUGUGUCUGUGUUUUCGAAGGUUUCAAUGUAUAUAUAACUUUUGGACAAACCCUAAACUCUUCCCAUAAAUUCUCUUUUCUUCUGUAUCUCUGUUACAAGCGUAAUGUGAUAAUACCUGAUAGUAAGGAAAACACUCUUAAAUAUACAAAACUUUUUUCCGUGUGGAGUACAUUUUUCCAAUCACAGAAACUUCAACUGUUGUGAGAAAUGUUUAUUUUUGUGGCACUGUAUAUGUUAAGAAAUUUUAUUUUAAAAAAUAUAAAGGUUAACGUCCAUAAUAAAUACUUCUCCUUGAAGCUACCUUAUCAAGAAUGAAAAAUCAUAUGGGAAGAAUUCCAUAUUUAUCACUGCUAUAUUAAAAUAUAUAUUUUAAUUAUAUUUGCAGGUUUUGCAUCUAAAUUGACCUAUUUAUUCAUUCUUGAUUAAAUGCACUGAAAAGUAAAGCGUCCGUUUCUAUCACGUCUGUGAAAAUGCAAUUAGAAAUGUGCUAUUUACGUGAUUAUGAAAGCACCCCAAGGUAUAUCUGUAAUUUAAAGAUUACUGCAAAUGUUUUUACUUCACUGUGGGUUUUAUGUACAUCUGUUCAUUUAGUAUUUCUUUGUGUGUUCUAUAGGCUAGUGUUUUUCCAUCCUUCAACUGAGCUCAAACUAGGUUUUGUUGUACCAUUGUGAUUAGGAUUUAAACUUAUUCAGAGAAUUGUAUCCUUUACUGUACAUACUGUAUUCUUUAAUUUUUAAUUUGUUGUCAUACUGUCUGUGCUGAUGGCUUGGCUUAAGAUUUUGAUGCACACAUGAGGUCACUGUUGAUCAGUGUUGCUAGUGGCUUGGCAGCUCUUUGUAAAAGCAUAUUGGGUUGGAAAGGCAUUUGCCUAUUUUUCAAAUUAUUUAAUAGAUGUAUGGUACCAUUUAAAAGUGGUUGUAUCUGAAUUUACUGUGGGGAUAACAUACACUGUAAUGGGGAAAAAUUACCUAAAACCAAUUUCAAAAUGGCUUUUCUUUGUAUUUCGGUUUAAAAACCCAGUGCAUGUACGCCCUCUGAGAUGCAAUAAACACCUUGAACAAAGAAAAUGCAAACAUAA